AUGCUACGUUUAGGAUGCGAUAUUCAUAUAGAGAAACCAUCAAUGGAUGUUGCUGAUCGAGUAGCCGAUCUACGAAAUCGUGUUGCAUGGCUUAAAAAUGUUGAAUUUUGUUUAUUGGGUGAUCAAAAUGAUCGAUUAACGAAAAUAAAAGGUGAACGAUAUGAUAUGGAAACAUUCAACAAUAAUUUACGCAAACAAUUAAAAAUACCUGUUGAAAAGAAGACGAUUGUUAAUUCAUCUGAAAAGAACGCGAUCACUGUUAAAGGAAUUGAACAUAUAGACAAUAAACGAAAUCGAGCAAUACAAAAAUAUAAUCAACUAUUAUAUAUUCAACAAUGUUUACUUGAUCGUCUUGAAUCUCUACAUGUUCAAACACGUAUUGAUCAAACAAAAUCCAAAGCAAUAUCAAUACCUGUCAAACAGAUUAAAAAUGUCAAAACUAUCACACGUCGUAUUCGUGAAAUUCAAGAUCGAUUAACUAGUGUAAAAUUAAUAAAUAAAACAUUGAAUACUUGUAAACAACAUUUACAAUGUGAUUUAGAUUUACUUCGAAAAGAAUUACCGAAUGUACAAAAAGAUAUUGGAAAAAAAUUUCAUCAACGAAUAAUUCUUAAAAAAGAAUUUACAGAUAUUGUUGAUGAAAAUAAACGUCGUCUUAAAGCCUAUCAACAAUUAUUAGAUCAUACGGAAGCUCAAAGUCAACAACGACGUAUUAUACAUGAACAAGCGAUGGCUUCUAUUGCUGAACAACUGGAAGAUCAAUAUCAAGUACAAAUGAUGGCUGUGAAUGAUAUGACAACUUCAUUUGAAUCACGAAGAUUAACUAGUACGAAUGGUCCAGCAACAAAUAUCCAACAACAGAAAUCAAUUUUAAUGAGCAGUGAUGAAAUUAUUCAAGUUAGUUGUAUGUAUGAUCAAUUUUAUAACAUAAUUCUCGCUGGAUUACCGAUUGAUUUAAAUAAUUCAGAACAAUUGAAAAUAAUGACUAAUGAAAUCUCUGCUAAAACUAUUGCUAUGUUAACAUUGACAAAUCGAAUGAUAGAAGAAAAAGAACAAGUUAAUCAACAAAUAAAUCGAACUGAUAAACUUUUAAAAUUAAUUGAAAUGCCUAUAAAUUGUAAAAAUGAUAUACGUUAUAAAAUCUUAGAUACAAUGAUUGAACAACGACAAAACUUAGAAUUAUUUUAUAUAAAUGAUUCAAUUGAAGAACAAAAUCGUAUUUUACGUCAAAUUAAUGAUUUUAUUAUAGUCUUAUCUAAAGCUCUUUGUGAACAUAUUGAUACACAAAUUAUUACUGAAUCAUCUACUGAUUUUAUUGAACGUCUUCGAGCUGUAUUUAACUUAAUAUCGAAAACUAAGACAACAGGAUCAAUCAAUGAAAAUGAUUAUCAAACAUCUCCUAUUAUUCGACGUAGUGGUAAUGAAGAAAAUUCUGAAUAUAAAAUUAUAUCUUUUCUCUUAUAG